AUGGCUUUGUCGCGAGGAUUGUCAGAUCAUUGUCCUAUUCAGCUGUGUAUUGAUAUUGCUAAUUGGGGACCUAAACCGGUGCGUAUGUUAAAAUGUUGGGAGAAUUUCACAUACUAUAAUUCUUUUGUCCGCGAAAUUUGGAGUUCCUAUCAUUUGGAAGGUUGGGGUGGUUAUGUUUUGAGAGAAAAAUUAAAGCUCAUCAAACUCGCCUUAAAGGAGUGGCACAGACGUCAUUCUCAGAAUUUACCGGCUAGAAUUACCUUGUUGAAGGAUCGCAUUGAGGCUUUUGAGGUGAAGGCCGAGACUUCAGCUUUGUUGGAGGAGGAGAUCGAAGAUAUGCAUAGGUUUUCAGAGGAGUUAUUUUCGUUAUCUCGGAUUAAUUCAAGUAUUUGUUGGCAACAGUCGCGGUUACAAUGGUUACGUGAAGGAGAUGCAAACUCUAAGUUCUUUCACAACGUAAUGUCUAAUAGAAGUCGUCGGAAUGCUAUUCCUUUUAUUCUGGUGGAUGGUGUAUUAUUUGACGGGGUAGAGAAUGUUCGGGCAACUGUGUAUAAUCAUUUUUCUUCUCACUUUCAAGCUCGGUGUGUCAAUCGGCCUAGGGUAGAUUUGAUCAAACCUUUUUCUUUGGAGGAGGUCAAGAAAGCAGUGUGGGAUUGUGAUAGCUUUAAAAGUCCGGGUCCUGACGGAAUUUCUUUUGGGUUUGUAAAGGAGUUUUUGGAUGUGUUGAAAUGUGAUGUGAUGCGGUUUUUGGUGGAAUUUCAUAGAAACAGUAAAUUGGCAAAAGGAAUAAAUAGUACGUUUAUUGCUCUUAUUCCAAAGGUUGAUAGUCCUCAAGGUCUCAAUGAUUUUCGGCCUAUUUCGUUGUCGGCUUUUAUUAAAGGUCGUCAGAUUCUUGAUGGGAUUUUGGUGGCGAAUGAGGUUGUAGAUGAUGCUCGUAAACGGAAAAAGGAUUUAUUACUCUUUAAGGUUGAUUUUGAGAAAGCUUAUGAUUCUGUCGAUUAG